AUGUCUUUACGUAAAUGGAAAAGUUAUAAAUGGCUAGAGAAUUUCAUAAUUGUUGGAUCAUACAUUGGAGUUUUCAUAAUAGUUUUAAUUUUGAGCUGUACAGUCUUAAUUAUAAUACCAAACACUACAUUUGAAAAAUUAGCAUUUGUUAUUUUGAUAGUUCUAAGUUAUUUUGCUUAUUACACAGCUUGCACAACAGAUUGGUUUGAUAAGUACAUAUAUUCAGAGUGUCAUACCUACACUUCUACCGUUAAUCACAUCGUAUUUAAAGAUAAAAAAUAUUUAAUAAUAACUAACUUGGCAAUACGCUGGCGUCGUAGAAAAACAAAGAAAAUUACUCAAAAAAAAAAAAAAAUUGUCCAACUAGCUCCACAAGAUCCGAGAUUAAGUAUCCAUCAGUUGGUGAGUAAAGGCUUAAAUGAUAAUCGUCAUCGAUUUACAUCCUUGAAGACAUCUCAGUCCCUAGAUUGUGAAGGUGAAUAUAUUCAAUCCACUAGGAUUGUCCGCUCAGAUACUUCUUAUAAUCAACCAGAUACUUUUGCUUGGGGAAUGUCUGAUCUGAAUGAAUACUCUAACAAAUUUCGCCAAUACAAGCUUAUUCCGUUGUAAACUGACAACUGUGUGAACACCCA